UUGUCUUUGAUUCAACAGUUAACCAUGUGCUGACUCAUUAUUAAACUAAACCCUAAAUCUCUUCUCCUCUGCACUCUGUGAGGUGAUUCAAACUUGGAAGCUUCGUGGUGGGUUUUUUGCAUCUCUGCUUCGGUUUAGAAAUCAGAUUCUUUGAAUAACUAUAGGAGCUAGUCGUUUGUUUUUGUUUCCCUGAGGUGUUCCUUUUGUUUUCGCUUUCGAUUUGGCUUUCACCCUCGUUAUUUUUUAUGAUCUGGUAAAGUUAGAUCCUCUUUUCUUUUGUCGUUUUAGCUGUUUUUAACAUUGAUUUUAUGUGUAUAUAUGCUUCGUGUGAGUUUUGAUAAGUUUUGUAGACCGAAGCUUACAACAAAUUUGUAUGUUGAUUCAGCAAAUUUCUUGUUGCCUAUUUUCUUCCUUCAGUUAGCAUUAGAUUUCAAAAUUUCGUUUCGCUGCAUGGAGUGGACGUGUAAGUUUUCAGUUGAGCUCUUCGGAGACAGUACAAAAACGCUAAAACUCAUGAAUGUUAAUUAUGACGUAUAAGAAUAUUUGUUUGGAGAACUAGCUAGUCAUUUAAUUUGCUCAUAUAUAUUUCAUUACUUUGGAAGUUGAUGCUUAAUUGCUCUUCGACUUAGAAGACUAGCUAGAUAUAUUCAUGUAUCUUUGCUUACAAGAGUUCGAUAAUAUCUUACGUAUAAAUUUGUAAACGUGUUGUCCAUCUCUGGCACAACUUAAUUGACAUGUCUGUGGGAGGAUCGCCUUUUUGUUCGAGGUACAAAAAGCCUAAGAGAAGUGUUUUUGUAGAUAAAUGGAGGAUCAUAAGCCGACGACUUUCACGUUUGAGAUAGAUAACUUCUCAGAGAAGGAAACUGUAAUUUCAUCCCCAACAUUCUCAAGUGGAGGCUGCCAAUGGUAUGCAAAUGUUUAUCCCAAAGGAAAUGGUAUUGAAGAUCACUUGGCUGUAUACCUCCAAGUUGCGAAUUAUGGAUCAUUGCAACUUGGAUGGAAAAGGCGAGCUAAAUUUUCCUUUGUUCUGUUGAAUCAAUCCGGCAAAGAAUUCUACAAAUCAACUGAAUUGUGCAAUCUAUACUGCGCUCAGGUUUCAGGAUGGGGUAUUCCAAAGGUCUUGACUCUCAAAAAGCUUAAAGAAAAAGGGUUCGUGGAGAAGAACAAACUGAUCGUUAAAGUCCAAGUACAAGUACUUGAAGUUGUUAAUGAGGCAGAAGUAACUGGGAACGAGACUAUGGAUGUCAAAGGUUUCCAAGUUCUUUAUUCUCAGGUUGUUCAAGUAAGUUGGAUUUUCGUGAAUCAUCCGGACAUUGCUUUGAAUUUCAAACCAAAGAGCCACUUGGUGAAGACAACAUACAUGAAUCUCCUCCUCAAGCUCAUCGAAAAACUGGACAAGCUUCCACAAAGCUUCUCUGAGACUGAGCUAAGAAACACUCGCACCGAGUUGGUCGAUCUAACAGAGACAGGGUUCAAGCUAGACUGGCUGAAGGAAAAGCUUGAUGAGAUUUCCUUGGAAUGGAAGAAAACAUCCGAGGCUUCCCGUAUCCAAGAACUUGAGCAACACAACAAGAAUCUCAAAGCUGAACUGAACAAGGAGAAGAUCAAAUCUGCUACUUCUGCUGCUAAAGUCUUAUGGUUGGAGCAGACGGUGUCAAAUCUCAAAACUAAGCAGAACAAGAAGCCGAAAUUAAGCCCCAACUAAUUCUCCUGCAAAUUUGGGAAUUUUUUUUUUUUGUUCGUUUAUCUCAGAGCUGAAGAUUAAAUCUACUAUGUGGUAAGUCCUAAAUUUUUAAUACAUUAAGAACUAUGCAAUUGGUGAUUGUUUAA